GCUUCCUGAUUUCCUCCGGCUUCCUUAUCCGCUUGCGGGCUCAGUUUUUUUUUUCCCAGGGAGAGAGAAAAUAAAGAAUACUCCGCUUCCGGUUGCGCAACGCCGCCGGCGGCCUUGCGCAGCGCGCCGAUGGGCGCCGCCGGUCUCCCGGCACUGUUAUAUCCGAACCCUCCUCUCUUCUUCCUUUCGGCGGCCUUGCGCAGCGCGCCGAUGGGCGCCGCCGGUCUCCCGGCACUGGGAUGGGCGAAACAGUUUGGACAUAGUGCUGAUAUCAAAAUAUUUGGUUCAGAUAUGGCUGUCCAUGGAACCCACAAGGCAUUCAGUUUUCGAUGCUUUGCUGCCAAUGGGCGUGCCUUUGGCGCGGAUUCGACUAACAAGAGAAAAAUUAAAAGCAAGAGGAGGCCAAAAGAUGUUGCAGUGGAACCAAGAAAAAAUGUCUUAUAUUUUACAACAGCUCAGUAAGGUAAUAUCUGGAAAUCCAAAGAACAUGGACCAAUGUAAGUUGACUUCAAUUUUCAGUUAACUUCACAGAUUAUUGUUUCUGUUACGAACCAAUGCCAAGCAAAGACCUUAGUCAUAGCAGUGAAAUUUUUAUACACCAAGCAAUUAUAACUGUUCUGUUCUUAUCCAUUCGUAGGGAAUUAUAUUGAAGGAAAAUGGUAAAUCAGGUGAUGCAGAAAGAAUGUUUAUUCAGGCAAAAUUCUUCGCCCCAGAGGCAGCAAAGGCGCUAGUUGAUCGCUAUGCACAAAGAUAGUUGAGGAGAUGUUUAAUGGGCUGUUUUGGAUCAUCGAGGUUAUUCCGUCUAUUUCUAGGUGCAGAUGUAGGAAAUUCUGAGUAAUUUUACCCACUGCGCCAAUCAGUAGAUAUUGGCAUGGACGACCAGCAGCAUGUUAGGAACUUGUAUCAUAGCAAUGUUAAAGGAACCUGGGACAUUCUGUAUUGUAUGGAAGAUGGUAUGCUCCUGUGCACCCAACUGAAGCCUGAUCGUGUAUUGUAACCAAGGGCAUGUGUGUUUUUUGUUGCUGCUAACUGCAGUUGCAUACCCUGUACGAGGUAACAGAUUCCAGUUGCAACAAGCUUGUGAACAGUAUUGUUUGUGCUUCCGUGCUACUGUUUCUGAAAUUUGUUAAUUCCAUCACCCUUUCAA